GUCAUAUUCCAGGGGCCCUGCCGAUAUGAAGCGCAGCUACGAGAACGCUCUGAAACUCCUGGAGAGUCGCCGACGAAAAGCUCGGCCAAGAGCGCCCGCGCUGGUCCCGACAAACCAAGAUGCAGCGACCCCGACUGACAACCAAGCAUUGCGGGGCAUGCCUAGCUUGGUUGGAAUGGAAGACUGGUUGCGGAAAUUAGGGCACUCGGACAAUGAUGUGAACGGCCUCAACAUCGUUCAUGUCGCCGGUACCAAGGGGAAAGGCAGCACCUGUGCAUUCACCCGCUCCUUCCUUCGCACCCAUGGGUUGCGCACCGGAUUCCCUCAGAAGGUCGGGCUUUAUACUUCGCCUGAUUUGCAGUGCAUCCGCGAAAGGAUUCAGAUCAACGAGCAGCCGAUACCGGAGGAGCUAUUCACUCGUUACUUCUUCGAAGUAUGGGAAAGGCUGGAGGCCCCUAGUCUAGAACCUAGUGUCCUUCCUGCCAGACAGCCGCGCUAUCUUCAGCUUCUCGCCCUUCUUGCGUUUCACACAUUUAUCAGAGAGAAUGUCGAUGCGGCUAUAUUCGAAACGCACCACGGCGGAGAAUAUGACGCCACAAAUGUUAUCCAGAAGCCGGCGGUGACAGCUAUCACCGCUCUCGGUAUGGAUCACGUUGCGCAGCUUGGCCCCACGAUUGAGAACGUUGCUUGGCAUAAAUCCGGGAUCUUCAAGCCCGGCGCACCUGCGUUCUCAGUCUCGCAGGAGGAAGAUCCCGCCGAGGUGCUGCGCCUUCGAGCUGCUGAGAGGCGGACCACUUUGACAUUUGUCUCGACGAAUGACUCGCUUCCGGUCAAUGAUAAGACUCUUAGUAUCCCUGUGCAGCGCCUGAACUGUUCUCUGGCUCUUGAGCUAACUAGAGCCUGGCUAAAAAUCAAAGCGCCAGAGCAUACAUUGGACGAGUCAGACAUUGCCGGUGCUGUGGAAAAUUUCAAAUGGGCUGGUAGGUUUGAGAUCAUCGAGGAUGGCGAAUCUCGGUGGUUCAUAGAUGGGGCUCAUAACACGUUGAGUCUCGGACAAGCGGCUGCAUGGUUUGUCUCAAACACCAACACGCCCGCAAAAGAUCUAUGCCGCAUUCUGAUUUUCAGUCACUUCUCAGAGGAGCGUGACGGGGUUGACCUUGUCGAGUGUCUGGCGAAGGCAUUUGCGGAAUUGCGGGCUAUGCCGGAAUAUGUCAUAUUUACCACGUACGAAGAGAGGGAAGAUGGAUCCACCAGAAUAGAUAAAACCCUCAAAAUCCCGGAGACCCCAUUCCCAGAUAUGUGCUCCAUAUAUACUUCGUCGUGGAGACAGCGCGAUGCCAAGGCCUCAGUCUCGAGUGAAGCAACUAUCGAGGGCGCGAUCAAACUGGCCAACAGAAUCGGCGCUGCACAAGGCGGUGCUCAGAUCCUCGUGACUGGCAGUCUUCAUCUGGCUGGAGGUGCUCUCAGCAUCUUACGGCCUCAAGUAUAACUCUGCUUAUGCUGCUCUCUGUCGAAAAAGACGCGAUAGACC